GCACCCUGGAUCACUUCGUUCUUCCACCCCUCAAGAAAGAAUUGGAGGGAAACUUUCCCGCCAAAAAACCAGUCUACAUCGGCGUUAACACCCUUGAUUCUUCUUCCCAAUAUUGUGGAUCGACUUUGUAGGCACAAGCUCAGAGCUCUAUCAAGUACUGAUUUGAUCAAUUUCGACCGGAGAUUUGAUAUGGAGGUCGAUCGUACGAUGUCCGUACGAUCGGCUGUGAAAUUCUCGGAGCACGUUGUAACAACGAGUAAAUUACUUCACAGAGACCCUCCAGCGUCGUCGAUUAAGCAGAGAAUCGUUAGAAUCACGCUAACUGAUCCCUAUGCUACCGAUUCCUCCAGCGAAGACGAAGAACGAGUCAUUAAGAGAGUGAAGAAGCACGUUUCGGUAAUCGAAUUUAGCACGCCGUCUCUGAAAUUCAAUAAAAGGAGUAGCGGAUCUGCAGAGAAGAAGUUCAGAGGUGUUCGUCGGAGGCCGUGGGGCCGAUGGGCGGCGGAGAUCCGUGAUCCGAAUAGGAGGAAAAGAGUUUGGCUAGGGACGUUUGAUUCACCUGAAGAAGCUGCGACGGUGUACGACGAUGCUGCCGUUAAAUUGAAAGGUCCCGCCGCCGUUACGAACUUUCCUCGUGUCACCGUUACAAAAACCGUAACUGUCGAUAAACAAAGCUUAACGACGACGACCACCACCACCACCAGUAGUAGCGGCAGCGAAGGAGUGUUGAACAACACCGCUAUGUCACCGACGUCCGUGCUCCGGGGUAACGCCGAGCAAACGCCGUUUGACAGGCUUGACUGCUUGGACAUGGAGUCUCUUGGAUUUGGUAUCGAUAUGCCGUUUGAUUUGCCGGAUUUUGUGGUGUCGGAGAAUUACUGCGGGGAGGAGUUCGGCGACUUUAACAUUGAUGAUUUUCUCGUUGACUUUCGAGAAAGUUAUUAAUUAAAUAUUGUAUAUUUUGUUAAUGUUUUUUUGUUUAAGUGUUAAUUUAUAGGAAGGCAUGGGCACUAUGGUAAAUUCGUUUCAAAGUGUAGUAUAAAAAUGAGUGUUAAUUUUGUAUAUGCAAAUUUUGUGUACCCCGAAUUUGAGGCAUAAUUUAGUAUAUUUAUAUAAUAUUAAUUUUAUAUUAUGUUUAA